AUGUGCUCAAAUAUAAAAUUGCUGGCUGAAAUAUUGAAUUUAUCAGAAGAGCAAAAAAAAUUACUCGAAAAUCCACCAGACAUCGUAAAGAUGACAAUAGACGAUUUGGUUUCUUUUUCUAAUAAACCAAAAAAAAACCCACAAAGAAUACAAAAUGUGUGGAUAAUAUUCCUAAAGAACUUUGGUGAAUAUUUGAGAAAAAAGUAUCCGGAUGAAACGUUCUCUAUGAUAAAGAUUUCGCAAAAUGCUGCUGGCGUAUGGAAUAAUUUAGAAGACACGAAUUCAACGAAAAUUUAUUUUAGAAUUUUGGCAAAAAUCGCUAAAGAAAAUUGGAAAGUAAUUGAUAAUAACGAAAUCGUUGUUGCCACAUCUCCAUCACUUUUUCUUUUAGAAAGUUUUUCUUCGACCAGUUCUGAAGCUGAUGUAUUUGUUCCAAUAGAAAGUGAACCAUUGAUAAAUAAUGGAGAUAAUAUUAGAACAAAUGAAUUGGCUACCAUUAUUCCACAAGCAAAUCUCAUAGAUAAUCAUCAUUCAUUGCUCCGGACGUUGACAUUGCAGGUCCACUAG